AUGACAUUUCUUGACUCGCGCAGGUGCGAAGUGGUCUUGCCAGAAACUGUACUACAAGAGGGGUCCUCCGUGCACGGUUUCCACUUGGCGCCCUGGGAGAAGCAGCAAGAGUAUUGGGAGUCACUGAAAGAGACUGAGACGUCGGCACAGGGCAGCCCAGUAAGCCUGAGCCGUAUGCAGAAGGCUGCCUUGGGUCAGUUCUGUUGCAUGGGUGACUGGCUAAGACGCCAGGGCCACCGUGGUGUGCAACCGAAGCUUUUUGAAGGAGUUCCAGACUCCAGCAAGAUCCGGCAGGGUCGAGUGACCGACUGUUCCCUGAUGUCGGUGUUGUCCGUGCUUGCGGACUACGAGCGACAUUUCGGAGAGCCUGUCCUCCGAAGCAUCUUGCAGCCUGCUAUCAUUUCACACGGGCCUGGCACUGAAGCUCAGCAUUACGCAUGCCGCCUUUUUGUCAAUGGCAUGGCGAGGCGCGUGGUGGUUGAUGACAUUGUUCCGGUUGCCACGAACGGGAGGCUACUGUGUGCUCACUCUGCAAUUCCUCAGGAGCUUUGGGUUGUGCUCAUUGAGAAGGCGAUUGCCAUGAUAAUGGGUGGCUCCUAUGCCAUGAGAGGCUCAAAUCCGUGCACGGAUGCCUUCCACAUCACCGGGUGGAUUCCUGAGACGUUCCCACUCAGGCCUGACUGUGAAGGUGCUCCUUCUUCGGAGGCCGAAUUUAUGGAAAUGUUCGAUGCUGCCCAGCGGGGCUUUCGCGAGGGUCACUGCGUUGUUUGCCUUGGAACCACGGAGCUUGCGGAUGCCACUACAAACGAGUUGGCCGUGCGAUCCGGUCAUGUUGAAGGCGUUAGUGUCUCUACCGGCCUAGUGGCUGGCCAUGCAUACCCAGUCCUUCGCUGCUGUACUGAGCAAGGGCGGAGGCUACUUUUUCUCAAGAACCCCUGGGGCCACACGCGCUGGAAGGGGAAAUUCUCGCCCGGGGACGCGCAAUGGAACGCAAAUCCAGGUUUGGCAGAGGCCCUGAACUAUGACAGCGCUGCAGCUGCUUCAAAGGACGAUGGGUCCUUCUGGAUAGCCUGGGAGGAGGUGUUACAAUUCUUCAGCCACUUCUACGUCGCUUGGUCGCCGACAGCGCUGUGCCUGAAUUCCGCCACAGUCCAUGGCUGCUGGAAUCCGUGGCCCCACUUCGUGCACAGCACUCUGACAGACGACACGGACCUCCUAGCUUUCAAUCCUCAGUGUCUCGGCCUGCGAUUCAAGGUUUCAGGUUUAGGUGUGGCGCUGUGGGUUUUGGGGUUGAGGGUUCAUAGAUGA